AUGACAACUACGUGGGAAGAACGUGCUGCGGACAAGCGAAACCGUAUCAACGACUCUAUACCUCAGGUAUGGAAGAUCCAAAACCUACCCACGGACGACUCCGUCCUUGAGUUCCCCAAGAAAUCAGGCAUUCUAUCGGACCAAGAACUUGCUAUCACGCAAUCUAGCGCCUCGGAUCUGGUCAAAAAGUUGGCACAGGGCGAACUCAAAGCUGUAGACGUGACAGUUGCCUUUUGCAAAAGGGCCGCUUUGGCGCAUCAGUUGGUAAACUGCUGUCUCGAGUUUUUCCCCGAGACCGCAAUUGCGCAGGCGAAGGAACUUGAUGCCUACUAUGAGAAACACAAGAAGCCUGUUGGUCCCCUUCACGGGCUUCCAAUCUCUCUGAAAGACCAGCUCCGAGUGAAGGGUCUCGAAACUUCAAUGGGAUAUGUAUCUUGGCUAGGCAAACACGAUACCGCCGAAUCCGUCCUUGUAACUCUUCUUCGGAAAGCCGGUGCCGUCUUCUACACCAAGACCAGCGUCCCCCAAACACUCAUGGUGUGUGAGACUGUCAAUAAUAUCAUUGGAAGAACUGUCAAUCCCCGCAAUAAAAACUGGUCGUGCGGUGGAAGCUCUGGAGGCGAGGGGGCAAUGGUCGGGAUCCGGGGCGGUGUCAUUGGAGUUGGAACUGACAUUGGUGGCUCGAUUCGAGUGCCUUCUGCAUUCAACUUCCUCUAUGGUAUCAGACCGAGCCAUGGACGCAUGCCGUAUGCCAAGAUGGCCAAUAGUAUGGAGGGCCAGGAGACUGUGCAUAGUGUCGUUGGUCCUAUUGCGCAUUCCGCGGAAGACUUGAGACUAUUCCUUACUUCAGUUCUGACCGAGGAGCCGUGGAAGUAUGAUUCCAAAGUGGUCCCUAUGCCCUGGAGAUAUGCCGAAGAAGACGCUGUCAAAUCGAAGCUGCAGUCGGGUGGACUCACACUGGGAUAUUAUUCAUGCGAUGGUGUCGUUCUUCCGCACCCACCGAUCCUUCGCGGUAUUGAAACGGUCGUCUCAACAUUGAAAGAGAACGGCCAUUCGGUUCACCCAUGGACACCACAUAAGCAUGACUAUGGACACGAUCUUAUCAAUAAGAUCUACGCCGCAGAUGGAUGCACCGACGUCCUCAGCAGCAUCAAUGCCUCAGGCGAACCCUCUAUCCCCAACAUCAAAGACCUUCUAAACCCAGACGCGGGCCAAAUCAACAUGAACGAACUCUGGGAAGUCCACCUCCAGAAAUGGAACUACCAAAGCGAAUACCUCGACAAGUGGCGCGAGCUAGAAGACAACUUGGGCAAGGAAGUCGAUGCAAUUAUCGCCCCUAUUACCGCGACAGCUGCUAUCCGCCACAACCAGUUCCGGUAUUAUGGUUACGCAUCAGUGAUCAAUUUGCUCGAUUUCACGAGUGUUGUUGUUCCGGUUACCUUUGCGGAUCAGAGAGUUGACCUGAAAAAGGUCGAUUAUCAGUCGCUUGGACAAUUGGAUGCUACCGUUCAGGCCGAAUAUGAUCCCGAGGCCUACCAUGGUGCUCCGGUGGCGGUACAAGUUAUUGGGCGCAGGUUGAGUGAGGAGAAGACUUUGGCCAUUGCGCAGGAGAUUGGACGGUUGCUUGGGAAUGCCGUGACGCCGUAA